UCACUUUUAGCAAGUCGGGCGAUUCGUAGAUUCGUGAGAUGGCAUGUAUCAGUUGCCUCUCCAGCAAAUCACUGCGAGGACGAGCCCGUAGCGAAUCCAUUGAGCCUGAGGUGAAGCAAUUGCCGGAGAGAUGUGAUCGGAGUGUUCGCAAGAAGCCGGACACGGGCGUCAAGAUCAGCUCCCCGGUUCCAUCCACUCACAGUGGAUCAUCUGUUGGGCGGAGCUGUGAAUCCUGUGACUAUGACUUCGCCACCUUUGCGAGCACUGUCCAGGUUGCCCGCCUUCCAGUUGUAGUCUUCGAUGACGAGGUCGAGGAGCAGCUGAUUUGGGACGACUGCUGCGUGAAGAACGGGGUGGUGAGCACCACUGGGGCUCCGGACAUCCGGGUGAAGAAUCCGGUGGUGAUGUCCAAUGCGUUCAAGGGCUUCGUCGUGCAGCCCUACGAAACCAGAUAUCUGCACUUCCGGGAUGUGGGUAUCAUUUUCGCCCGGCCGCCGGGUGGGCGUUUCAUGCAGCCCAGCAUCGACACCAUGCUGGUGUGUCGGGCGCUGGUGGACAGUCUGAAGACCUCCGAAGUGAAGCGCGUCAUCGACGUGGGCAGCGGCUCGGGCUUCAUCGGCAAGUUCGUGGCGCAUCAUGCGCGCGGAGAGGGUGAGCUUGAAGUGGCCUUAGUGGACAUAGACCGCAGUGCUCUCAAGUACUACGAAGGGACGACUUUCAAUUCCGGGGCCGUCAGCUCCACUGGCCGCAGCAUCUGCUGGAAGUUCCUGGCAGAAGAUGCCGUGGCCUUUCUCAACAGAGAUCCAGACUUUGACCUCAUCGUGUCAAAUCCACCAUACAUCCCAACCCGACCAGAAUGUUCGGCCAACCAUUUGUCGCCUUUGUCUGGCGGCUUUUGGGAGGGGGUUGGCCUCGUGUCCUAUCUUCUCACCCUCAUCUCGCGCAGCGAAAAGCCGAAGGCGCGCCUGGUAAUCAUGGUCACAUCACUCACCUUGAAGGCGCCUGCGGUGUUGGAGGCUUUAGAAGAUGCGGAGAAGAAGGGCUGCAAGCUGAAGGUCUUGCUGGAGAGGGAGAUUGCAUGGAAGGCCUGGUAUGCCGGGCCCUACUCCUUGGAUCACUUGCUUGCGACCGCCAAGGAGCAGCGACAACGCCACAAAGUGGCAGGCUGUGAGUUCUUCUUGGGGGCGACACCACCAGGGCACAGCCGCACUGGUCUUGAUGGACGGGACCAAAUGUUCGGCUACCACUGGCAUUUCGCUUACGUACUGGAAGUCCAGGCACGUUGAAGCAUUUCCUUCGACGAGUCUUGGGCUUAGAAGAUUCGUACAGGAGCUGUUGACCAGCCCUUUUUCAGCAAGUGCAUGCUGGGUAUACGACUCUCGCGGGCCCUCAGCCGAGUCAGGCGAGACAGAACUUUCGAGUCAGAGUAACUUAAGUCGAGUGGAGCUUGGGGA